AUGACAUGUUUGUUUGUUUCUUUCUUUCUCUUUCUUUCUUCCUUCCUUUGGUUUUUAUACGCUCUUUCUUUUUUUGUCUGUCUUUCUUUUCUGUCCGUUCUUUCUUUCUUUCUUUCUUUCUUUCUUUCUUUCUUCCUUUUUUUUUGUACGUUCUUUCUUUUUUUUCUUUCUUUUUCUUUCUUUCCUGCCUUUGCUUUUUUUUAUCCUUUUUUUCUUUCUUUUGUCUUUUUUUUUUUUCCGUUUUUCUUUCUUUUGUCUUUCUUUCUUUCCUUUUUGUCUUUCUUUCUUUACUUUCCAUUCUUUCUUUCAUUUGUUUUUCUAUCCGUUUUUUCUUUCUUUCCUUCUUUCUUUUCUGUCCGUUCUUUCUUUCUUUCUUUCUUUCUUUCUUUCUUUCUUUGUUUUUUAUACGUUUUUUUUUGUCUUUCUUUCUUUCCUGUCCGUUCUUUCUUUCUUUCAUUAGUUUUUCUGUCCGUUCUUUUUUCUUUUUUUCGUUUUUCUAUCCUUUUCUUUCUUUCUUUCUUCUUUUCUUUCUUUCUUUCUUUCCUGAUCGUUCGUUCUCUCUUUUUUCAUUUUUUCUGUCCGUUCUUUCUUUCUUUUUUUAUCCGUUCUUUCUCUCUUUCUUUCUUUUCUGUGCGUUUAUUUAUUCUUUCUUUCUUUCUUUAUCCGUUUUUUUCUUUUUGUCUAUUUCUUUCCUGUUCGUUCUUUCUUUCUUUCAUUAGUUUUUCUGUCCGUUCUUUUUCUUUUUCUAUCCGUUCUUUCUUUCUUUCUUUCUUUCUUUCUUUCUUUCUUUCUUUCUUUCUCCGUUUUUUUCUUUUUGUCUUUCUUUCUUUCCUGUCCGUUCUUUCUUUUUUUAUCCUUUAUUUCUCUCUUUCUUUUCUGUGCGUUCUUUCUUUCUUUCUUUCUUUCUUUGUUUCUUUCUCCGUUUUUUCUUUUUAUGCGUUCUUUCUUUCUUUUUUAUCCGUUAUUUCUUUCUUUUCUGUCCGUUCUUUCUUUCUUUUUUUAUCCGUUUUUUUCUUUUCUAUCCGUUCUUUCUUUCUUUUUUUAUCCUUUCUUUCUCUCUCUUUUUCUUUUCUGUGCGUUUAUUCUUUCUUUCAUUUGUUUUUCUCUUCGUUCUUUCUUUCUUUUUCUAUUCGUUCUUUCUUUCUUUCUUUCUUUCUUUCUUUCUUUCUUUCUUAA